ACUGUCAGUCUCAGCAGACACAUCGAGGAAUACACAGCCACUGGGAUUAUGACAACUGAAUUAUGCUCCCGCGCAACGAAUGCACGCACUGAAGGGAUUUAAUCCUUUUGACACAUACGGAGAUAAAAGCGUGAAGAAAACCACAGAAGACAAAGAAGAAGAAGAAGAAGAAGUGGACAAUUAGCCUGGGAGAGGAGGAGGAGAGCGUGGAUUCAGGUUUCUCUGUCGUGAACGUGCACGUGUCCUCAGACGGCGUGACUGAGCGGAGAAGCCGGGGCGUCGCUGUUUUUCGGGGCAGACCUUUGCGUCACACACCGAUGAUGGAGUGGAGGAGGAUGGACGCAGCACUGCUGGUGCUAUUACUAGGACACCUCGCCACCGCGUUGGAGGUCCCACUAGACCUUCUGGAAGGAUUGCCGCAGCCGCCGACCAUAACUCACCAAUCCCCCAAGGAUUACAUCAUCGACCCACGAGAGAACAUUAUAAUCCACUGCGACGCGAAGGGGAAGCCUCAUCCCAGUUUCUCCUGGACGAGAAACGGGACCCACUUCGACAUUGAUGAGGACCCCAACGUGACUAUGAGGCCUCACUCUGGGACCCUGGUGGUGGACAUCAGCAGAGCCAAAGCCGAACAUUACGAGUGCGUGUACCAGUGCACGGCGAGGAACAAACAUGGAACUGCCGUUUCCAACAACAUAGUGGUGCAACAGUCCAGGUCCCCCUUGUGGUCAAAGGAGAAAAUCAAGCCAAUCGUCGUUCAGGAGGGAGUGUCUUUAGUGCUGCCGUGUCGACCCCCGGCCGGGCUGCCUCCUCCCAUCAUAUUCUGGAUGGACAAUUACUUCCAGAGGCUGCCUCAGAGCAGCAGGGUGUCCCAGUCGCUCAAUGGAGACCUUUACUUCUCUAAUGUUCUCCGAGAGGAUUCAAGGAACGACUACAUCUGCUACGCCCGCUUCCCGUACACACAAACCAUCCAGCAGAAACAACCAAUCACCGUCAAGGUCCUCAACAUGGAUGCAAUCAAUGACACAAUGGCAGCUUUUUACAAUGACACUGAUUUAUUUAGUGAAGAACCAGCUGAUGAGAGGAGGCCAUCUUUCCUCAUCCCAUCUGGUCCCUCCAGUUCCAAGACUGUGUUGAGAGGACAGGUGCUGGAGAUGGAGUGUAUUGCCGAAGGACUACCCACCCCUGAAGUCUCCUGGACCAAAGUGAGCGGCGAUCUGCCAGCCAAGCGCACAUCCUUCCUGCACUACCAGAGGACCCUUCGUAUUGUGAACGUGUCCGAGUCAGACGCGGGAGAUUACCGCUGCACCGCCAGGAAUCAACUUGGCUCAGUGCACCACACCAUCCACGUCAUGGUCAAAGCUGCUCCAUAUUGGAUCAGUGGCACUCCCAGGAACCUUGUUCUGGCUCCGGGAGAGAAUGGCGUGCUGACCUGCAGGGCAAAUGGCAUACCCAAGCCCUCCAUUACCUGGACUAUGAAUGGAGAGAGUAUAGAGAAUUCCCCUAAGGAUGUCAGCAGAAAGGUGGAGGAUGACACCAUUAUCUUCACUGAUGUGCAGACUGGAUCCAGCGCCGUCUACCAGUGUAAUGUCUCUAAUGACUACGGCUACCUCCUGUCCAACGCCUUCGUCAAUGUGCUCUCGGAGCCACCCAGAGUGCUGACAUCAGCCAACAAAGUCUACCAGGUCAUCAAAAACCACAGAGCCCUGAUAGACUGCGCUUCCUUUGGGUCACCCAUCCCUAAAAUUCAAUGGUACAAAGACAGUCGGUCCAGCAUCCUGGAGGGAGACCCUUACAUCUUUCAUGACAACGGGACUUUGGAGAUUCCAAUAGCUCAAGCCCAGAAUAGUGCCAAAUACACCUGUGUAGCCAGAAACAAGUUUGGUAUUAGUGAGAAUCAAAUCUACCUGGAAGUCAAAGAGCCCACCCGAAUCCUGACGCUGCCAGAAUACAAAGUGGUCCAGAGUGGCACGUCUGUGGUGUUUGACUGUAAGGUGAAACACGACCCCUCACUCAUUCCCAACAUGAUCUGGUACAAAGACGAAGGAGAACUGCCUGAAGACGAUAAGAGAUUUAUCAUUGAGUCCGACAGCCUCACUAUCACUGAUGUGACCGAGAACGAUGCGGGAGAGUACAGAUGCCUCAGGAACACCACUCUGGACUCCGUUUCAGCCACGGCUAAGCUCACUGUUGUUGAGGCCACGCCAACACCAGCUGUCGUCUCCGAGCGACCCGACCCCCCAACUGACCUAGAGCUGACGGACCAGGAAAAGAGGAGUGUUCGGCUCACUUGGACCCCUGGGGAUGAACAUAACAGUCCUAUUCAGAGAUUUCUGAUCCAAUACGAAGACUCAUUGCACCACCGCGGCCACUGGCAUAAUCUUACCGAGGUCCCUGGGACCAAGACGACAGCUCACCUCAAACUGUCGCCCUACGUCCACUACACCUUCAGAGUUCUGGCCAUUAAUGAUGUAAAUUGGAGUCGCCCCAGCGCGCCAUCCAAAGUCUUCAGGACAGAAGCUGCAGCUCCAGAUGAUAACCCAACAGGUGUACAUGGAUUUGGAACAGAACACAAUAAUCUUGUAAUCUCGUGGAAGCCACUAACAGGCCACCAGUCUAACGGUCCAGGGCUUCGCUAUAAAGUAAUGUGGAGGCAGAAUGUCGAGGGCGCGGAGUGGAUGACAGAGACUGUGGCUAACAGCACGAAGUUUGUUGUGUCUGGAACGCCCACAUUUUUUCCAUAUGAGCUCAAAGUUCAGGCAGUGAACGACCACGGAGAAGGACCUGAGCCUGCUGGUAUUCUUGGCUACUCAGGAGAAGACUUGCCAGUAGCAUUUCCAGAGAACGUGCAGGCCAUCGUGCUGAACAGCACUCUGGCAAAGGUACACUGGAAUCCUGUGCCGUCUAAAUUAAUACGGGGACAUCUCAAAGGAUUUAAGGUGUACUACUGGAGAGAGCACGAGCACGACCACCACAAAAACAACAACAACCACCCCAAACAGAUCCUGACCUUCAGUGGGAACCACACCCACGGCAUGCUGCCUGGUCUGCACCCGUACAGUCGAUACUUAUUCAAUGUCCGGGUUUAUAACGGCAAGGGAGAAGGUCCCCACAGCCCCACCCAGGAGUUUGAGACACCUGAAGGAGUGCCGGGGCCUCCCACUUCUCUGACAGUCACCGACACCGAUAUAGACUCUCUAACCCUUGAAUGGAGUCCUCCUCAUGUACAUAAUGGACGCAUCACCAGCUACACCCUCAAAUAUCAACCAGUUAAUAACUCCAAUGAGCUUGGCCCAGCGGAGGAGCUGGACCUGCCCGCCAAUAAGACCUCAGUCACUUUGUCCAACCUCAAGUACAACACGCGCUACAAGUUUUAUUUGAAUGCGAAAACAGGCAGGGGAGCAGGCCCAGCCAUUUCUCAGGAAGCUGCGACCAUCGUGGACGAAGCUCUAAUAUCACAGCUUGGCGUAGAUGUUGACACAGGAAAAACCCCAACUUCUCAUCCCAUUGCAUGGCCUUCUUCUCACCGUCCACCCCACAAGGUGCGGCACGUGAGUCCUUUUGGGAACGUUAGCUCCUCGGUUGGAGAGGACGGGGCCCUGAUCAGUUGGGAGUACUGGGGGCCGGAGAAAAACGUUUACGUAGAAUACAUAUUGAAAAACAGUGAAGGUGAAGAGGAGUGGCAGAAAGAGCUCGUGAACGGCUCUCAGAACAUUAUGCUGAAGGGCUUAAAGGGGGGCUCCUCCUAUAGGGUGCGUUUGGUGGCCAAAGGUCACCACGACCAGCCGCUCCACCUCUCUGAAGAGGUAUUGGUCACAGUCCCAGCUGUGGUGAGCAGACAGGUGGACAUCGCCACCCAGGGAUGGUUCAUUGGCCUCAUGUGUGCUAUCGCUCUGCUCAUCCUGAUUCUCCUCAUCAUCUGCUUCAUCCAGAGGAAUAAGGGAGGGAAAUACCCCGUCAAAGAGAAGGAGGACGCGCACACAGACCCAGAGUUUCAGCCCAUGAAAGACGAUGACUGUACUUUUGGGGAAUACAGUGACAAUGAGGACCAUAAACCGUUAAAAGGAAGCCGCACGCCGUCUAAUGGGACGGUUAAGAGAGACGACAGUGACGACAGUUUAGUUGACUACGGGGAAGGAGGAGACGGACAGUUCAACGAGGAUGGCUCGUUUAUCGGCCAGUAUAGUGGAAAGAGUGCCAGCAGGGACACUGCUGAGGGCCACGAGAGCUCGGAGGCCCCAUCCCCUAUUAAUGCCAUGAACUCCUUGAACUCUUUUGUGUAGCCUGUAACAGAACAGUACGAGGUAAUGCACUGACUGCUCAACCCUCACAUUCUCUCCUAAGAGGGCUGUUUCCACACCGCAUGGCUUUAUGAUCACAUCUCCAUCCCCCGGUGGCACACGCGACACAUGAAAUACAGACAACUCAUCAAAGACAUUUAUGUUUUCAAGAGGACGUCUUCACGGAGAAGCUUUGAAACCUGUGCUCAUUACAGUAUAUCCCAAGCAGCAUUUUAGGAAGGAAGUAGGAAUUAGCUCAAUCUGAUAUUUGAUUUUAACAGUGCAUGAAAUGCCUGAUAUGACCUAAAUCCAUAUAUUAAUUAACAUUUUGAUAUUAAUAAGUGUUGCAUUCUUACCACAAAUCUCUUAAGGACUAUGCAGUGCUCGUCUGAACUAUAUUUGUUUUUGUUACUGGUUAUUAUAUUAUCUACUAUGUUCAAAUAGUAAUCAGUGUCUGCAGUAAAUGACUAUUAUUACAUGUAUUUUUCCAACACAGAAGCUUGUACAGGAAUCUGUAUUUAAUACUGUAAUUCCUCCAUAUAUAUAUGUAAAUACUAUAUAUAUAUGAAGUGAACUAUCUGUAAACUGAAUACUGGGAGCAGUGCACACCGCAUGCUUGAGAUUUGCUGCAUUGAUGCAUCCUCAUCUGUCACCACUCUGUUGUGAAUGAUCCAGCUGCACCUAUCCAUGAUGAAGGAGGUACAAAAUGCUGCAUGGCAUGUCACAUGACCUCACAACCUUUGCCCUGCAUGUAACCUCCUCUUACCGAGUUCAAUCUGAAGGCCGUCGGGUUUGUGUGGGGGGGGACGCUGAGGGGUGUAACAGCUCGCCUCAGUCCCCGCAGUGCUCCUUCAGCAGGUAGUGCCUUUUAUACAAAACAACAAUUCAAUUGUGAAGUCUCCUUCCACAGUUCAGUGACUGGAACAAAGAGAGAGAGAGAGUAGUAGUAGGACUGCAGAAGUCAAAGCCGGGGAUGGAUGAGAUAAGCUUGAGAAGAGGACUCUGCGGAGGGAGGAAUAAUUCAUAUACUCUUGUCAUCUUUU